AUGGCAUGGAAAAAUAGAUUGAGCAAUAAUUUCGGCUUUUUAUUUCCAUCUCCCAGAGAAAUAGCUUUAUCAUGUGGAAUUAUAUCUAACACAGAGAGUCGAUCUCAAUCACCGGAUAGCCAACCAGAUACAGAGGAUAGUGCGAAUUCUGAUACGCGUCAGUCUCCAACUAAUAACCAGAUUCAAUCAUUACUGUGUCCAGAACGAUUACCUGCUUUGUGCUUUCCCUGCCUCAUCCCUUCAUCUUUUUGCAGCCCAACAGAUGAAAUGAGUAAUGAACUUUGGAAAACAGCUUGUCAAACCGGACCAAGACCAAUCAUAUUUGUGUAUAGAUUUUCUUAUGGUCUACCUCAAGAACUAUUUGAUAAGGCUACAGUACGGUUGAAUUGGCCCGAACUAUUCAAAUUUCGAUAUACAGCACAUUGGAAGACAGGAGUGCAAAUGUUUAACAGUUUAAAUCGGAUAAUACUCAGAUUUCUACUCGUAAAAUCAGCUAAUGAAGACAGUUUAAUCAAGUUUGAAUUUCGUGCUCUACCAGUAGCAACCACAAAUUCAGAUGACAUUGAAAUUAGAAUUCAAAAUGAUGAUACAGCAGCUAAUAUAGAUGAGGAAAACAGUGAAAAGAACACUUUAGAUGAAACUACAACGUUUGAUGCCAGUAAAUCAUUGAAAGAUAAUAAUGAUAAGCAUCAGAAACAUAAACAGAAGCCUAAAUGGCAUAAAUGGCCUGUUUCAGAGGAAAAUCUUUGGAAUCUUAUGUUGCCCAUAUUGAAGGAAUUCGAUUCCGUAUUAUUAGCUUAUAAAGGUCUAUGUUGCAAGCGUGUUAUGGAGUGUCCAAAAUGUAACGAGUUAACAUUGGCAGGUGAAUGGCUGACUCCAAGUGAAGUUCAGACAGUAAAAUACCGUAAAUGUCCAGCGUGCGCUCACAGGAUACCCAGUUGUCUUAUUGCACCACCAGAAACUGGAUUCAAAUAUAAACGUAAGAUCAAAUCAGAGAACAAAUCUAGAAAACGUAAUAAAUCACGUAAAUAA